CGCUCUGUGCUUAGCCCGCCCGGCGCCGCAGCCGCUCCGGGUCUUCCGAGUCCUCCGCGGGCGCCGAGCCCGCCGCGCGGAGCCCAUGGAACCGGCGCGGGGCGAGCUCCGUGCGAGCGGCGGGGCCGAGUCGCUGCUGGGCGAGCUGGAGGUGCGGGUCCAGGACGUGGUGAGGGUGAGCUCGUGGUGGGAGCGCCACGGCGUGGACUGCGCCAUCCUCGCGCUCAGCCUCCUCGCCUUGCCACCCGGGUUCCUGUGCCUGCGCUCUGAGAAUCUCCUGGUCUUUGCCCUGGGCGUCACCAUCCUGGGUGUGUGCCACUACACGCUCACUGUCAAGGGCAGCCACCUUGCCACUCAUGGUGCCCUCACCGAGUCCAAACGCUGGAGCAAGAUCUGGGUGCUUUUCUUUGUGGAGGUAUGCACGUCCUUCACUGCAGAGCACGCCAAGUACGGACACGUCAAGAUGCACCAUGGCUACACCAACGUGCUGGGCCUGGGGGACUCAAGCACAUGGAGGCUGCCUUGCCUCAACCGCUACGUCUACAUGUUCCUCGCUCCUCUCUUGAUCCCCAUCAUAACCCCACUGGUGGCUGUCGAACGGCUGAGAGAGGUGGAGCUCGGGACAGCCCUGCGGACGCUUGGCCUGAUUUCCCUGGGCCUUUAUUCUCACUAUUGGCUGCUGCUGAAUGUGUCUGGCUUCCAGAGCCCCAGCUCAGCCCUGGUCUGCAUGCUCAUCACCAGAUCCCUGCUGGCCCACCCUUACCUUCAUGUCAACAUCUUCCAGCACAUCGGGCUGCCCAUGUUCUCCCGGGACAAGAAGCCGCAACGGAUUCACAUGAUGAGCCUGGGGGUGCUUAACCUGCCCCGGCUGCCCGUGCUGGACUGGGCGUUCGGCCACUCCCUCAUCAGCUGCCACGUGGAGCACCACCUCUUCCCCAGGCUCUCCGACAACAUGUGCCUGAAGGUGAAGCCCGUGGUGUCCCAGUUCCUCCGUGAGAAGCAGCUGCCGUACAACGAGGACUCCUACCUGGCUCGCUUCCGGCUGUUUCUCCGCCACUACGAGGAGCUCAUGGUGCAGACCCCUCCCAUCACAGAGCUGGUGGGGCUGCAGUGAGGGGCGGGCCGGCGCAGUCACCCCGCUCUCCCUUCCGGGCCCACCCCCGGGGCUGGGAGGGCGCGGGCCCUUGCCCAGUGGUGAAGUCCUUGGACCAGGUGAAGGGUGUGGUGACCCUGAAGAUGGGGAGGCUAAAUGCCAGCAAAUGGGAUGCGCUGAGGGGUCAGAGGGCAGGUGAAGGCAUUCUCUAAGCCGGGUCCUGUUAGGGAACCUAGCUCUGGUGUGGCCUUAGGUGGCUCUGCUGGGCAGCUGCCACUUGCCCGUCCAGAGCCAUUACCUUCUCCUCCACCCUGUGCUCCUGUCCCGAAGCCCACACCUCCUGUCCGGCGCCCUCUCCUACAGCUACAGCUCUCACUACUUCUGAAACAGUGCCUCCUUUUGCUCCUUCCGGCCCUGGGCUGGUAGUGGCUUCCAGCUAUUGCUAGCCCUGGAGGGACUUCACCACACCCUGCAUCCUGCUACACCUCUGCACAGAGUUCCUUCAUUAAACUCUCUUCAGUCAGCCCCUCUGAGCACGCUGUCUGUUUCCUGCUGGGAGGCUGACUGAUAGAGCAGAGGUUUGGAUCCAAGCAGCCCUCUUGGAACAAGGCAGGCUUGGCAGCACCCCCCCCCCCCUUACUGCUUUGCUAUAUGUUAUCGCUGCUCUUUUGAAAUGCAUUAGCGACUCAGACGUGGCCUUAAGGACUGGGAAUGCGAUUAAUCAAACUGCUUAUUCUCCACAAGAAAAAUGCAACAUCAGAAAAGGCCCCAUUGCACAGUCCUGGCUAAUGAUUAAAACCAUCCUAGCGCUUCCCUGGUGGCGCAGUGGUUAAGAAUCCACCUGCCAACGCAGGGGACACGGGUUCGAGCCCUGGUCUGGGAAGAUCCCACAUGCCACUGAGCAACUAAGCCCGUGCGCCACAACGACUAAGCCUGCACUCUAGAGCCCGUGAGCCACAACUACUGAAGCCCGCGCGCCUAGAGCCCGUGCUCUGCAACAAGAGAAGCCACCGCAAUGAGAAGCCUGUGCACCGCAACAAAGAGUAGCCUCAGCUCUCAGCAACUAGAGAAAACCUGUGUGCAGCAGCGAAGACCCAAUGCAGCCAAAAACUAAAUAAAUAAAUUUAUUAAAAAAAUAAAAAUAAAACCAUCCUAAUACAA